UUCUCAGACAGAAAGAGAAUUUACCUGAAUUAAGGCAUUGGGGAGAUUUGUCUGCUAACCCUGGAAGGGGAAUUAUGGAAGUCAAAAUUUCAUGAUAAUCCUAGUUAUAAUGCUGAGUUUAAUGGGAAAAUGUUUUAUUAUUAAUGUUAAUGUUAUACUUAAUGUUAUACAUAUUGAGUUUUCAUUUUGUUUUCCAGUAGAAACCUCAAGGUGACUUACAAAAAGUAUAAACCCCAAAAUGACAGAGUAGACCGAAGUAAAGUGUACAAUUAGGAAGGAAUAUAGGAGACACAUAUGAGUCAGCCCUCCACAAUUAUUGGAGUGAGGGGUAAAAGACCCCGCAAAAGUGUUCCUUAUGAGCAACCCUUUACAACAAGGUGGAAUCUCCCCUUCUGUUGGGAAGCAAUUGUUAUUUUCAGGAUCAAGGACACAUCUACACUGACUGUUUAGGUCAUUUCAAACUGGUAUUGAAGAAAGUGGUUUUGUUGUACAUACUGGAAUCGAGUCAAGGGCCUGAUGGUGAUGACACAAACUGGCCUCAAACUGGUUCCAGGAUCCAUGGCUCAACUGCCAACAAAAAUGUGUUUCAAAAAAUAUCCCAGAGCAGAAUGCACAUGUGUCAGCACAGUGAUUCAUAUUCAACAGAGCCACUUUUGCUUUGUAAUGUGGCUUACAUUGAGGCAAGCUGCAGUUUUAAGCUUGCCCAAUCAACAUUGAUCAUUUAUUGCAGUUUUAAGCUUGCUUAAAACUGCAAUAAAUGGUCAAUUUUGAUUGGGCCCAAGGCAAUCAAUCCUGUCUAAAAGUGAAUAGCCAAAAAAAGUGAUUUGGAGGUCAUGUGGCAGGCACCAUUUAUCACUGUGCUGUCUGCAUCCUUUGCUCAGUGGAGCAGGCCAGGCCACAUCAUGUUUGAUUGAGCAGGUUCAAGGGAGCUUCAAAAGAAAGCCACUAUUUGAGGGGGGGGAAUCAAAUUAUACGCUGUCAUAUUGAAUUUAAUAUUGUUUAUAUUUAAUCCUGUUUAAUGUUCGCAUAUUUGUGUAUAUUUAAAUGGGUGUGCUGAUGCUUUUAUGUUAAGCCACUUUGAGUCCUCUUCUGGAGAGAAAAAGCAGGUAUAAAUAUAUAUAAUAAUGAUGAUGGUGAUGGUGAUGAAUUACUUUCAGGAUUUGCUUGGUAUAAGAUAGCUGUGUUGCUGUUUGGCAAUCUGAUUUAUCAUUUUGUCACUUUUCUCUCCUUAUAACAGAUUCUUGCAUUCAAGCCCCAAAGAAAGUGAAUGUAAUUUUGGACCCAGAGACAGCAUGUUCCAGGCUUAUUCUGUCUCAAGACAAGAAAAAUACGUAGGCAGCCAUGGAAGCGGAGGGUCCAGCCAAAGGGCUCUGCGAGGAGGCUACUUGUCCCCUUUGCCUGGAUUUCUUCAAAGACCCAGUGACCAUAGACUGUGGGCACAAUUUCUGCAGCAGCUGCCUGGCCAAGUGCUGGGGGGAGCCUGGCCCAGAGGCUUCCUGCCCCCAAUGCAGAGAAAUGAUUCCCCAGAGGACCCUCAGGCCCAAUAGGCAGCUGGCCAAUGUGGCAGAACUAGUGAAGAAACUCCAGGAAGGAAGGAAGAAGAAAGAAGGGAGGAGAGAUGCUUGCAAAAUGCACCAGGAGCCCCUGAAGCUCUUCUGCCGAGAGGACGAGGCCCCCAUCUGCACGGUCUGCGACAGAGCCAAGGAGCACCGAGGCCACAACGUGAUUCCCCUGGAAGAAGCCUUCCAAGAGUACAAGGAAAAAACCAAGCUCCAACUGAAAUCUCUAAAGAAAAAGAGGGAAGAGUUUAAGGACCAGCAAUAUGUUCAAGAACUAAGAAGGAAAGACUAUCAGACACAGUUAGACCUAGAGAAGAUGAAGAUCAAAUCCCUAUUUGAGGGAAUGCAGAGAUUUCUUGAGGAGAAACAGCAUUUCUGCUUAGCUCAGCUGGAAAAUCUAGAGAAAGAGAUGGAGAAAAGGCAAGACAAAACCCUCGCCAAACUCACUGAAGAGAUUUCCCAACUCAGUUUGCUGAUCACAGAGAUGGAAGAGAAGUGUCUGCAGCCAGCCAGUGGUUUCCUGCAGGACAUUAGAAAUUCCUUGGUCAGAUGUGAGAAGAAUUUAGGAGCAUAUGUGCCAGAUGCUUCUCCAAAUUUGAACGAAAGACUCAAAAUCACCUCUCAGGAGAUUUCUGCUUUACAAAAGGUCACAGACUCCUACAAAGAAAGUCUGGAGGAAGCUCUGAUCAAGGCUGUUUGGGAGCAAAAAGUCAAUACAGAUUCUUGCAUUCAAGCCCCAAAGAAAGAUUCUCUCAGUCAAGCCCCAAACAGAGUGAAUGUGACUCUGGACCCAGAGACAGCAUGUUCCAGGCUUAUUCUGUCUCGGGACCUGAAGAAUGUGAGAAUGUUAGGAUGUACUCCUCAUUCGUCUAACGUAUUUCCCCGGGGGGCCUUUGUGUUGGGCCGUGAGAGAUUCACUUCUGGAAGACAUUGCUGGGGAGUAAAAGUUUCCUCAGACCAUUGGGCUGUUGGGGUCUCAAGAGACUCUGUCAGAAAGAAGGAAAGUAUCAACCCAAAUACCGAUGACUCGAUCUGGGCUGUAGGGGUAAAACGAAAUAAAAACUUUGAUUCUGUAGUGUGCAUUUUCCCUGAAGUUGACUCUUUUUGUUUAAAAAGGUAUAUCCAUAAGUUUAUUGUGGUCCUGAAUUACGAAGAGGGUCAGGUGGAAUUUUAUGAUGACAAUGCCAAAGAAUUCAUCUAUGCUUUUAGUUCAAUAUCAUUAUCUGGUGAGAAAAUCCGACCCUUUUUCUUCGUACCCAAUGAUGGGUCCCUGAAGUGCUAAUCAUUGGAGAGAACCAACCCUCAUCCACAGUCCCAUCAAAGGGCUUGCUAAAACCAUGCUUCCAUUUCGCGAUCUUGAGGAUGAGCAUCUUUUUAUCUGCAAAAAUGCAAAUAAGAAGAAGUUAGGAGACCCCUUUGGUUACAGAUACUUUUCUUUCCAUUUGAGGGUUUGACUUCCCAUCUUCUGCUUUUCUAUUUUUGCCUCAUGAUGUUUUCAAAGGCACAGGGCCCUCCACUGGGUUUGGGGGGGGAAAUCAGAACCAAAGAAGGAGAAAAUAUAGCUGCUCUUUUGCAAUAAAGGGAAUGAUGUGCAUAAUAAAACAAGUAACAGUUGCAAUGUUUUGAUAUAAAGGGUAUUGCUCCUCCCAGCUUUCAGUAAUUAAAAACAACAUGUUAACAUUAAGUUUUACAAAUUGAAUAGUGUUGUUAAAAUGCUCCUGCAAACUAAUUCAAUAUACUGUAUAAUUACUAAUAAAAAUUAAUAAAUACAGCAUACCACUCUG